AUGUACAGCAUGAUGAUGGAAACCGACCUGCACUCGCCCGGCGGCGCCCAGGCGCCCACGAACCUCUCGGGCCCGGCCGGGGCGGGCGGGGGUGGUGGUGGGGGCGGGGGCGGCGGCGGCGGCGGGGGCACCAAGGCCAACCAGGAUCGGGUCAAGCGGCCCAUGAACGCCUUCAUGGUGUGGUCCCGCGGACAGAGGCGCAAGAUGGCCCAGGAGAACCCCAAGAUGCACAACUCGGAGAUCAGCAAGCGCCUGGGGGCCGAGUGGAAGGUCAUGUCCGAGGCCGAGAAGCGGCCGUUCAUCGACGAGGCCAAGCGACUGCGCGCGCUGCACAUGAAGGAGCACCCGGAUUACAAGUACCGGCCGCGCCGUAAGACCAAGACGUUGCUCAAGAAGGACAAGUACUCGCUGGCCGGUGGGCUGCUGGCGGCCGGCGCAGGUGGCGGCGGCGCGGCCGUGGCCAUGGGCGUGGGCGUGGGCGUCGGGGCGGCGGCCGUGGGCCAGCGCCUGGAGAGCCCGGGCGGCGCGGCGGGAGGCGGCUACGCGCAUGUCAACGGCUGGGCAAACGGCGCCUACCCCGGCUCGGUAGCCGCGGCGGCUGCGGCCGCGGCCAUGAUGCAGGAGGCACAGCUAGCCUACGGGCAGCACCCAGGCGCGGGCGGCGCGCACCCGCACGCGCACCCGGCGCACCCGCACCCGCACCAUCCGCACGCGCAUCCUCACAACCCGCAGCCCAUGCACCGCUACGACAUGGGCGCCCUGCAGUACAGCCCCAUCUCCAACUCUCAGGGCUACAUGAGCGCGUCGCCUUCGGGCUACGGCGGCAUCCCCUACGGCGCCGCAGCAGCCGCCGCCGCCGCGGCGGGCGGCGCGCACCAGAACUCGGCUGUGGCGGCCGCGGCGGCUGCGGCGGCCGCAUCGUCGGGUGCCCUAGGCGCCCUCGGCUCGCUGGUCAAGUCAGAGCCCAGCGGCAGUCCGCCGGCCCCCGCGCACUCGCGGGCGCCUUGCCCCGGGGACCUGCGCGAGAUGAUCAGCAUGUACCUGCCCGCCGGCGAGGGUGGCGACCCGGCGGCGGCAGCGGCUGCCGCGGCCCAGAGCCGGCUGCACUCGCUGCCACAGCACUACCAGGGCGCGGGCGCGGGCGUCAACGGCACGGUGCCCCUGACGCAUAUCUAG